AAGAAACCAUGUCCUCUGGAGGUGUUGAAGAUGACAUCCCACAGGGAGAGAGGAAAACCGUGACUGAUUUUUGUUACCUCCUCGAUAAAUCUAAGCAACUCUUCAAUGGGUUAAGAGAUUUGCCACAAUAUGGACAGAAGCAGUGGCAGUCCUAUUUUGGAAGGACUUUUGAUGUUUACACCAAACUUUGGAAGUUCCAGCAGCAGCAUCGACAAGUCCUGGAUAAUCGGUAUGGUUUAAAGCGGUGGCAAAUUGGGGAAAUUGCCUCCAAGAUUGGGCAGCUUUACUAUCAUUAUUACCUACGCACAUCUGAGACCAGCUACCUAAAUGAGGCCUUCUCCUUUUAUUCUGCGAUCAGACAGAGAUCCUAUUAUUCUCAAGUCAAUAAAGAGGACAGGUAUGCACCAAUUAUGUUUUUAGAAAGGCCUGAGUUGGUAGUAAAGAAGUUACGGUACUAUGCAAGAUUUAUAGUAGUUUGUCUCCUUCUCAACAAAAUGGAUGUUGUGAAGGAUCUGGUGAAGGAAUUGUCUGAUGAAAUUGAAGAUUAUACUCACCGAUUCAAUACUGAAGAUCAGGUGGAAUGGAACUUGGUGCUCCAAGAAGUGGCAGCUUUCAUUGAGGCAGACCCAGUCAUGGUAUUAAAUGAUGAUAAUACCAUUGUUAUCACAUCUAAUCGACUUGCUGAAACAGGAGCUCCACUGUUGGAACAGGGCAUGAUUGUGGGGCAGCUGUCUCUGGCUGAUGCACUGAUUAUUGGUAAUUGUAAUAAUCAGGUUAAAUUCAGUGAGCUAACUGUUGACAUGUUCCGGAUGUUACAAGCUUUGGAAAGGGAGCCAAUGAAUUUGGCAUCUCAAAUGAAUAAACCAGGAAUGCAGGAAUCAGCCGACAAGCCUACCAGACGAGAAAAUCCCCACAAGUAUCUGCUCUAUAAACCAACCUUUAGCCAACUGUACACAUUCUUAGCAGCGUCUUUUAAGGAGCUGCCUGCCAAUAGUGUGCUUCUGAUUUACCUGUCGGCUACUGGCGUUUUUCCCACAGGUCGUUCUGAUAGUGAAGGUCCUUAUGAUUUUGGAGGUGUACUUACGAAUAGUAACCGGGAUAUUAUAAAUGGAGAUGCCAUCCACAAACGUAAUCAAUCCCACAAGGAAAUGCACUGCCUUCAUCCUGGAGAUCUCUAUCCGUUCACAAGGAAGCCCCUGUUUAUCAUUGUGGAUUCGUCCAACAGUGUGGCAUAUAAGAAUUUCACAAACUUGUUUGGACAGCCACUAGUCUGCUUGCUUUCUCCGACAGCAUAUCCAAAAGCAUUACAAGAUCAAUCUCAACGAGGUAGCCUCUUCACUCUCUUUUUGAACAAUCCUCUAAUGGCCUUCCUAUUUGUCUCUGGAUUAUCAAGCAUGCGUAGAGGCCUCUGGGAAAAGUGUCAAGAAUAUCUUCGAAAAAUCAACCGAGAUAUUGCCCAGCUACUGACUCACUCACGUUCAAUAGAUCAGGCAUUUCUUCAGUUUUUUGGAGAUGAAUUUCUUCGCUUGCUUCUCACAAGGUUUAUCUUUUGUUCAGCCACCAUGAGGAUGCACAAGAUUUUUCGGGAAACCAGAAACUAUCCAGAAACAUAUCCACAACUGCCAAGGGAUGAAACAGUGGAAAACCCUCAUCUCCAGAAGCACAUUUUGGAAUUAGCAUCCAUUCUGGAUGUUCGAAACGUGUUCCUUGAGAAUACCAUAGAAGACUAUUAAAGCAAAGCCCUCUUGUUGAAAAAUAUUUCAUUUGCCACAGAUCUUAAAUGGUGCAGUUUUCUAAUGUAUAUGACAGACCCAUAGUGGUAUUACUUAGUUUUUAUUUUUUAGUUUAGGACCACCGUUUUUAAAAAAAACGGGAAAAAAUUCUUCAAAUUUUUAGGGUAACUGUUUUAAAAUGCAAUCUUUCCGGUCUUUUAACAAAAACUACAUGAAUCUUGGGAUUUUAAAUUUUGGCUUCUGAGAUAUGGAUACUGACCUCCAACAUCUAAUCCUAUACUCAAAAGAGUCAUUCUUUUGAGAUGAAUCAAAUCCUUUAUAUUUGUAUAAUGAGGAAAAUCCAACUCCUAUCUUUGGUUCUUAAAUGUCUGGAUUGGGAAAAUAUAGUUAAGAUGAAACUAGCCAGCCUGGACUACUGACAAUCAGGAACAGAGUCCUUCCAUCAUAAUAUUUAUUUUCAUUCCAAGUUAGUAGGUGGAAAAACUUAGGAUUCUUUGAUGCAUGAUCAAGGCAGUUUCUGACAUAAUUCAGUUUCUUUAAAUACUGUCAAAAUUUCAGAAACUCUUUGGGACUGAUUUGUAGCUGAACAUAAAAUGUUUAUUGGGAUGCUGAGAUGAUAAAUAUUUAGAAUGUGUGAGCUCUCUGUAAUCCUAAUAUGUGUAUAAUUUGCUUUCUUUGUGGUCUUUGAAUGCUAGAAAUUAACAAGAACAACAACUUUGAGCUAUUUCAGUCAAAACAUCAAGCUGUUGGUUUCAUAAUACAAUGUCUUCAAUAAGAAAUCAAAUUUAAA